AAUUGAAAGAGAUGAGCCCCGGCAAGCUGAAAUAAAUUGUAAUCAAAAUGAAAGAAAUCAGGCUAGGCGAGAACUUAAUAGGUAUAAUAUGCAUCGCAUAGCAAGAAAUAAUAUUGCUAUAGAGAGUAACUACCUCGGAGAAUUAAACCAUAAUUGUCAGUAUUGCAGUGCAAAGAAGUUUUUAAAUGAAACUCAUUUUUUGUGCUGCCAUUCAGGAAAAGUUGUAUUAGCUUCUCUUUCUCUUUAUCCGCCAUUGUUGACUGGUUUAAUGACAGGAAACCAUGUUGAUCAUGCUGUAAAUCAAAAUUUUUUUAAACACAUAAGGAGUUAUAAUUCCUCUUUAUCUUUUGCUUCCUUCACUGCCGAAAUAGCUCCUCCCUCAAAUAAUGGCCCUUUCUGUUUUAGGGUCUGUGGGCAAAUUUUGCAUCGUGUUGGAAAUUUAAGACCUGCAGAAGGUUGUCUGCCCAAAUAUUGUCAGCUGUAUAUCUAUGAUCCUAAUGCAGCAGUGUCAUUCAGAAUGGAACAACCUGGUAAUGAUGGUUGUAUACAUGAGUUAAUGCAACUCUUAGAGUUAAUGCAAACAUUAAUUAAUCAAGAAAACCCAUUUGCUCUUGCAUUUAAAAACAUGGCAGAAGUAGAGGAUGAAGAAAUCCGCCAAGCAGCUUUAGAAGGUAGACCAACCUCUGUUGUAAGAAUGUCUUUGCUUGAAGGUCAUGAUAGACGUCAAUACAAUCUUCCUUCCCAUGAGGAAGUUGCUAUUGUGUUUGUGGGAGAUGAUAGUGCUCCACCUGCAUCCAGGGAAAUUGUUAUAUACCCUCGAGGUCAGCCUUUAAGAACAAUUUCGUCUAUGUCUGCAAAUUUGGAUCCUUUGGUAUAUCCAAUAUUCUUCCCGAGAGGUGAUGCUGGAUGGCACAAUCAACUAGAGCACAACCCUGACCGUGCAACCUGUGUUAGAAACCAUGUUACUUUGUCUCAGUAUUAUAAUUAUAGGCUUGCUGUUAGACAAACUUUUAGUCCUAUAUUCUAUGGUAAGAAACUUUUUCAGCAAUAUGUUGUUGAUGCAUAUGUCAAAGUUGAGGGACAGCGCCUUGCUUUUAUUAGAAAUAACCAAAACAAACUUAGAAGUGAGCAAUAUGAUGCAUUGCAUGAACAUGUAAUUAAUUGUGCUAAUGAUCUUAAUGUAAGACCAGGCUGUGUUGUUAUAUUGCCUUCUUCAUAUGUUGGUAGUCCAAGAGCAUUAAAAGAAAACUUUGAAGAUGCGAUGGCAGUCAUAAAGAAAUAUGGUAAACCAGAUCUAUUCAUUACUUUUACCUGCAAUCCAAAAUGGAGAGAAAUAGUAGAAAAUUUAAACCCAGGCCAAACUGCUAAUGACAGACCUGAUUUAGUUUGUCGGGUAUUUAAAAUGAAACUUAAAUUUCUCUUAGAGGAUAUUUUUAAGCAUGGAGUCUUAGGCAAAGUUGUAAGUCAUGUGCAGGUUAUUGAGUUUCAAAAGCGUGGUUUGCCACAUGUACAUAUUUUAUUGCACUUUGUAAAUGCUGAUAAGCUAGAAACAGCAGAAGAUAUUGAUAGUUUGAUAUCAGCUGUUGAUCCUGAACUUUUUGAAAUUAUAAAAUCAUGCAUGAUACAUGGACCAUGUGGAAUUUUAAAUCCCAAUUCUCCCUGCAUGAAAGAUGGUAAAUGCACAAAAAAAUUUCCUAAGGAAUUUAAUCCCCACACUGUUGCAAUUUUUAAUGGUUAUCCACGCUAUAGGCGCGUCGAUAAUGGAAGAAUUGUAAAUAUAAAAGGUAAUCAAGUUGACAACCGUUGGGUUGUACCUUAUAACCCAUGGCUUUCUAAAAAAUAUCAAGCACACAUAAAUGUUGAAGCCUGCAUGACCAUAAAGUCAGUUAAGUAUUUAUAUAAGUACAUUUACAAAGGGCAUGACUGUGCCAAUGUGGUGAUAAAUGAGCAAGUUAACCAUGAUGAAAUAAACACGUUUUUAAAUUGUCGCUAUGUCUCAGCUCCAGAAGCAUUGUGGCGAAUAUUUGAGUAUUCUUUAAGUGAUAUGUCACAUAACAUCAUUCGACUUCAGGUUCAUCUGCCAGAUAAUCAGAUGAUAUAUUUUGUAGAAGGCGAAGAACAGGCAGCUUUAGACCGUGCAGCACAGCGUGACACUCACCUAACUGCAUGGUUUAAAUUAAAUGUUACAACUGCUGCUUCUUCUGUUACAACUGCUGCUUCUUCUGCUACAACUGCUGCUUCUUCUGUUACAAGCUCGAAGUCAUGGGAAGAUUUCCGAAAGUAUCGCUCCCAGCAUCCAGGCCCUCUAUCUAUGAGGGCCUUCCAUCGCUGGAAGGCCCUCAUAGAUAGCUGAGGGCCUUCCAGCGAUGAGCCACUUCAUUUUUUUUUUGUAAUUUUUUUUUUGUAAUAUGUUUUUGUAAAUUUA